AUGGAAGACCGUUGUCAGCUGCUCCGCGAGGGUGGCUUCACGAACUUCUUCAUUUCCAUUCUCAUCCUCCUCGGUAUCCUUCUCUCCUACAGCACCCAGCACUACCGUAUCAUUUCACGCGGCUCCUCUGAAGGCAUAUCUCCCUACUUUGUCUUGCUUGGUGUGACUUCUGCCAAUGCCCAGUUUGGCAACAUACUGUCUCUUCCCGAAUCGCGGGCCGAUGUUGCGUGUUGCAAGGAGGUCAGCCCCUUCGAGUGCACGGCCGGUUUGUUAGGUAUCGCCCAGAUAGGAACCCAGUGGGUUUGCUUCGCUACCAUUCUCGUGUUAUUCCUAGUAUUCUUCCGACGCGAUGACGCCGACAUUACCAUCGAAGAACUUGAGCGUGAUCCUGACCAGCCUUCCUGGAGAACAGCUCUCACGGUGGGUGGGGUCUGCCUGAUCCAUGGUCUUCUCGUGGUCAUCGUCUCUGCCGCCCUUGCCUUUGGAGCACCCACUUACUUAGGUACAUGGGCCAAUGUCCUGGGAAUCAUGGCAGCGGCGCUUGCCGGCAUCCAAUACAUACCCCAGAUUUGGACCACAUAUAAGUUGAAACAUGCAGGUAGCCUGAGUAUCUUGAUGAUGACGAUUCAAACACCCGGCGGGCUUCUCUUUGCAGCUAGCCUUGCUGCACGUCUGGGCUGGGCUGGCUGGAGUUCCUGGGGGGUCUAUGUUCUAACUGCGAUCAUGCAAGGUAUUGUGUUGACGAUGGCCAUUAGAUAUGAAUGGCCGUCCUAUAGAAACAGCAGAAGUCACUCGCCUUCAUCACCACCGUUGUCACGGCCUGCUUAUAACCGGCGUACAACACCAAGAGUCCUGCCAUCGCCAGGCCCGUAUUCAGCCCAUCUACACGCAUAUGGAGAAACACAGGAAGAAAUUGAACGAGCGCUUGAUCGCGAGAGCGUACAAGGCGUCGGUGAAAACCAGCCGUUACUUGCACCGGGUGGCAUCGGUAGCUCGGGUACACGAUAG